GUAAGAUCCUGAUCUAUCUCCAACAAGUUUGGCAGUUAUGCAGUUAUGCUGAUGUCUUGAAAGCGAUCACCCAAGCCCUUCUGCUGUGCCCCAAUAUAGUAGCUACUAUAUCCUUUAUCUGGAUAAUAGAUUUGCUACUAUUCCCUUAUUUUCAAAGCUACAAGAGAAAGGCAUUGGGGCUUCUGGCACUACCCAAGUCAAUGGACCUAAAUACCCUUCGUUUCUAAAGUCAAAUGAUGACUUGUUUGAGUGGAAUACCAUGGAUAGUUGUAUAGUUAGUACUACAUCUUCAGAUGAAGGUGUUUUGUGCUUUCGGUGGAUGGAUAACAAUUUAGUAUGAAUACUUUCUACAGUUCAUCCAUGGAAUGAGGUUACACUUACUACACACUGCAAGCUUCACACUAUGAGCUCUAAUGCAACCUUAGUACGAAGAGCUUUUGGUGAAAAGGAGCGAAUGCCAUGCUAUAUUCCAACCUUUAUAGAUGACUAUAACUAUCAUAUGAAUGCAGUAGAUCUUGCAGACUAACGCCGUACAAGUGUUAUGAUCUGCUAUAUGAUCUCUCCUUUCUUAUAUCUCGCAACAGGCAACGAGCCUAUUAUUAGCUUUUCUUGAUAGAGACAAUACUUAC